AUCCAACAGGGACAGUCUCCCGCUGUGAGGUGCAUGUAUGGAACCAGAUCAGGAGGAUUUCAGGGGCUAUCCUAUACUGAAACUCUCAAGACAGCGUAUGUGAAAACGUCUUAUCUCAGCUGUUUGGGUUUAUCUUGUUCUCACAGGCUGGAUUGUCUCCUUGUACCUUCCCCCUAAGUACCAGUAUGUUGCCAAGCCCAUGACUUGGACUGAAGCUCAAACCUACUGCAGAGAGGUAUACACAGACCUGGCCACUAUCGAAAACAUGGAAGAAAUGGAGCAACUUAUAUCCACAGUCCCUUCACUUUAUCAAAAUUAUUUGACCUGGAUCGGCAUGUACAGUAAAAUCACAUGGAAAUGGUCGGACGGCUACAAUGGCAGUGGGGCUGAUUUUAGAAACUGGGAAGCUAAAAAAGAACCCGACUUCCAUGGUAAUCAGUUCUGUGUGGCUAUUGAAGAUGAUGGAAGAUGGUUGUAUUAUGAAUGCUCUUCCAAGAUUCAAUUCAUUUGUUACAGAGGAACACAACAGGAUCCUGAAUUUGUUCAUGUCAAUGAAAGAUUGGAUUGGUCCAAUGCUCAGAGGUACUGCAGGGAAAAAUUCUUAGACCUGGCAACUGUGAGAAACGACAUAGAGAACCAGAAGAUCCACAAACUGCGGCCAAGUAAGUGGGGAUUGACUAAGGAUUGGGCAUGGAGUAAGGAUUGGGCAUGGAUUGGUCUGUACAAAGAUCCUGACAGCUACUGGUCUGAUGGGAGUGACUCGUCGUUCCGGUUCUGGGAUGGAGGUUCAAACCUGUUAGCCUCCAUGAGUGUGAUAUGUGGCGCUGUGGAUUUGCAAUUAUCAGGAAAAUGGAGGCCAGUGUCCUGUGAAAAGCGAUUCCCAUUUGUGUGCUACAACAGUGGUAAGUGUUUAACAUGUGCUUUGGUUUAAGAGAGAAAAAGCAUAACGUAUAAACAAAACUACUGUU